GCUGGGGCUCUGGCUUGGCGGUCCCUUGCCGGCUCCCUCGCCCAGCGCCCCAUGCUGCCCCUGCCGGGCCCCCGGCUCCCCCAGUCCCCGACUUAGGCUGGCUCGCAAAUCCCGGGGUGCUGGCGCGUGGGCCAGGGGGCAUAGGGCGCCUGCAGACGGCCCCUGAAAGGGCUCUGGUGGGGCUGAGCGCUUCGUAGCAGGGGCGCGGGCAGAACAGGAAGCGGGUCCGCGUGGGAACUGGGGACAUCAGCCACCCGGGUGGCCGGGGCUGAAUAGCAGGCAGCCCAAGCAGUCACCCCAGGGGGCGAGCGACUUUGGGGGAGUUGGUGCCCCGCCCCCCAGGCCUUGGCGGGGUCAUGGGGGCCCCCCAUUCUGGGCCGGGGGGUGUGCAAGUCGGGGCCCUGCUGCUGAUGGGGUUUUGGGGGCUGGUGUCUGGGCUCAGCCUGGAGCCUGUCUACUGGAACUCGGCGAAUAAGAGGUUCCAGGCAGAGGGUGGUUACGUGCUUUACCCUCAGAUCGGGGACCGGCUAGACCUGCUCUGCCCCCGGGCCAGGCCUCCUGGCCCCCACUCCUCUCCCAAUUAUGAGUUCUACAAGUUGUACCUGGUAGGAGGUGCCCAGGGUCGGCGCUGUGAGGCACCCCCUGCUCCAAAUCUCCUUCUCACUUGUGAUCGGCCAGAUCUGGACCUCCGCUUCACCAUCAAGUUCCAGGAAUACAGCCCUAACCUCUGGGGCCAUGAGUUCCGCUCACACCACGAUUACUACAUAAUUGCCACAUCGGAUGGGACCCGGGAAGGCCUAGAGAGUCUGCAGGGAGGUGUGUGCCUAACCAGAGGCAUGAAGGUGCUUCUCCGAGUGGGCCAAAGUCCCCGAGGAGGGGCUGCACCCCGAAAACCUGUGUCUGAAAUGCCCAUGGAGAGAGACCGAGGGGCAGCACACAGCUUGGAGCCUGGGAAGGAGAACACACCAGGUGAUCCCACCAGCAAUGCAACCUCCCGGGGUGCUGAAGGUCCCCUGCCCCCUCCCAGCAUGCCCGCAGUGGCUGGGGCAGCGGGGGGGCUGGCGCUGCUCUUGCUGGGCGUGGCAGGGGCUGGGGGUGCCAUGUGUUGGCGGAGACGGCGGGCCAAGCCUUCGGAGAGUCGCCACCCUGGUCCUGGCUCCUUCGGGAGGGGAGGGUCUCUCGGCCUGGGGGGUGGUGGCGGGAUGGGACCUCGGGAAGCUGAGCCUGGGGAGCUAGGGAUAGCUCUGCGGGGUGGCGGGGCUGCAGAUCCCCCCUUCUGUCCUCACUAUGAGAAGGUGAGUGGCGAUUAUGGGCAUCCUGUGUAUAUUGUGCAGGAUGGGCCCCCCCAGAGCCCUCCAAAUAUCUACUAUAAGGUAUGAGGGCUCCUACCUGGCUCUCCUGAAUCCAACCCUUCUUGGGGUGUUCCUCCAGUUUAAUUCCUGGUUUGAGGGACACCUCUAACAUCUCCUUGGCCCCCUUUGCCCCACCAGCUCCUUUGCUCCUCCUGGCUGUUGGCCUCUUCUCCACUUUUAGGGUUCCUUAAGAUUCCACUGCACCACCUCCUGCCUCCCAUUUGGCCAUGGGCGCCCCUCUUUGUUUCUUUGUUCCUGGGUCCUGUUCCCUUGGGGAGAGGGUACAGGCUCAGCCUCCUCUCUGACCAUGAUAUAGGUCCUCCUUACCCACCCAGAGCUAGGGGUGGGAAUAGUCUGUCUUUUGGUUGGCACCUCUUUUCUUUCUGCCUCUCACUGUUUUUCUCUUCUUUCCAUCUCUUAUCUUUCUCUCUUCUGUCUCUAGGUCUGUUCUUCUUCUCUAGCAACCUCCUCCCUACACCUCCUUUUACCCUCUUGCCUUCUUAUCCUUUGCCUCUCCCAUCUCCUGGGUGGGGUGUCAAAGCAAUUCUGCCCUUAGCUCUUGGUCCCCUUGUGACCUGUCAUCCCAACCGCUCUCCUCAGUCCGCCAAAAAUGGGGGCCUUACAGGGCAGGUACCGGCACUCCACCCCCACACAGAGCAUGGGCAGCAGGGCCUCCUUCUCUGCCCUGCCCCGCCCCAAGUCUCAACAUACUUACUCCAGCCGUUUGGGGUGGUUGGGUCAUGACAGCUAUCGUGAGAAGACGUGUUCCAUUUUGUCCAGUGGUCAGUAGCAAGAUAUGAACCGGUCAGGACAUGUAUGGACUUGGUCUGAUGCUGAAUAGGCCACUUGGGACAGGAAGAGACUUGCUCCAGACAAGAAGUGGCCAGGCUUGGACAGAAAUGGCCUGGGAAGUGGCAGAAGCAGUGCAUCAGGAACUGGAAGUGCCUUCAUCCAGGACAGGAAGUAGCACUUCUGAAAUAGGAAGUGGUCUGGCUGGAACUCCAAGUGGCCUAGUGUUGGGGAUCCGGGUGGGUGGGAGGUUGAUGGUUCUUACUCUGUGGAGAAAGGGGAUAGGAAGAACUUCCUGUUUCAGGAGGAAGCGGGAACUUAUUGACUGUAAAAAGGAUAGAGGUGGACUGAGGGAGACUUUCCUAGUAUUCAGUGGCACUUCCCAGGAUCUCCUUUCCCUUGUGCUUUGUGCUGAUUUUAGGACAACUAAGAUGACUGCCAUCUGCUGUGGCAGGCCCAAUUUGUCAUGUUAUUUCCUUUCCAUAUCCCAAUAUAAUCUAUGUUAUCAACAUGACUACCCCAAGAACCCGCUUAUUCUCCACCUGUAACCUAGAUGCCUGUCUUGUUCAUCCCCUCCUUAAUUUCCUACUCCCUUCAAACUCAACACAGCUCCCUUCUUAGUGACCAAAAUGGUGGCCUACUGCCUGGUCUAGCUGACAGUGGUACUUAGCAAUGGCUACUGUUUCCAUAGUGGCCAGCUGAUACCUGUUCCUGCCUUCUAGUGCACAAUUGGGUAUUGCCUCAGUUUCCUCCAAGCUCAGUUUAACUAGAUCAAAGCUGCCUUUGGGCACCAAGUUGGCCACCUCAAUCACCAGCCAAGAUGGUUGCUUUGUCCACCAGAGAUCAAGUCAUCUCUCUGGUGCUAUAGUUCCCAGCUUCCCUUCCUGAUUUUUCUAAUCAGUCCUUUUGGGGAACAGGAAGUUGAUAUUGCCAUGGUGGCGGGGUAUGCUGUCACCUCAAUAGUUUACUGUAAAAGGGAAAUUUGAACAACAAAAACCAAAAAAAGAAUAAAAAACUUCAAAAGUUG